UCAGGCGAAGCUCCAGUCCUUUCGCCAUGUUCACCUCCGGUAAACACCAGCCCAGAACACCUUCCCGGGAGACGCCGAGGACAAGGCGGGAGACGCCGAGGACAGGGCAGGACACGCACUGGACAACGCCCCAAGAGACGCACUUCGCACUCCCCCAAGAGACGCACUUCACACUCCCCCAAGAGACGCACUUCACACUCCCCCAAGAGACGCACUGGACAACCCCCCAAGAGACGCACUGGACAACGCCCCAAGAGACGCACUGGACAACGCCCCAAGAGACGCACUGGACAACGCCCCAUGAGACGCACUAUACAACCCCCCACGAGACGCACUAUACAACCCCCCACGAGACGCACUAUACAACCCCCCACGAGACGCACUAUACAACCCCCCACGAAACACACUGGUCCACCCCCCACGAAACGCACUGGUCCACCCCCCACGAAACGCCGACGAGGGCACGGGUGCAGGAUUCUCUUCACUUACACCCAAACGAGUCAUGUGACACCCUGGACUCCGCAACAGUCUCGACUAACCAGUACGACAAUUUUAACCGUAGUGGAGGAGCAAUGAUGCUGGAGGGAGCCAGCUGGUCGGCCGCAGGUGGUGGCGCCGUAGCAGCUGAACCAAGCGAGUACCAGGGCCCAGCCACUCCUCCCACGGACGACGGCCACACUUCCCUCCUCUUCAAAGAGAAGUGGUACGAGAAGCCCCCCCAGACGGACCCCAGGCUGGAGAAGAAGAGGCAACAGGCGCUGAGAUCCUUGAAACAACGCUGUAAGUGCAAGCAGCGGGAGGAGGAACAACGGGUCAUGUUGGAGAGACUACCCCACCAAAUCACCGACCUCAGGAGAGAGAGAGACAUGCGAACGCAGACCGUCGCUGUGUUGGAAGAUCUUCUUCACCAGUGCCAGAUCCACACUCAGGAUCGCUGUGAGGUUAGCUCGACGAACACCAGCAGUGGGCAGGCAAAUGGCUGCUAGACCUCAAUCUCAACAAGUGCAAGGCAGUGAAGAUGGGAACUGAGAAAGGCCAUCAAGAGGAAACUUGCAGCUUAAGCGAAUUCGGAAAGUUACAAAGAUUUUUGAGUGGCUAUAAUCCUAAAUUAACGCCAAAGGGGCAUAACCAGGGCAACAUCGACAGCAAAUGGGACGCUGGUAAAUAUUGGAGCGUGAAUUAAAACACCAAAUAACGACUCUCUCCAAGCACUAUACACAUACACCGAUGCUGGAAUAUGCAACACCCGCCUGGAAUCCGCACUUUAUAAAUUACUAAAAAAAUGGUUAAGUUCAGAGGCUCCCAAUAAGACGAGUGACAGAACUAAGAGGGUUAGGCUACAAGCAUGGGUUAAAGGAACUAAAUCUCGUUAAAAGAGAAGAAAAAGGGAUAUGAUUACUACAUACAAGAUACUGGAGGAAUAGACAAGGUGGAUAAUACAGCAUCUUUACACUGAGAGUAAGUAAGACAAGUAGACGGUAAUCGCUCACCCAUUCAUGCUAGUGAACAAGUUGGGUAUGCCUAACGUUCUGUAGCUAUACAUUUUCCCCAUUUAAUUCAAUGUAAUUUUCCAGAUAAAUUAAAUUCUGUAUGUAU